AUGGUGAUGGCCCAGCCGCUGAAAUCGGAACAAGUUCACCGUCGACACCGUGCCGCUUGCUCGGAAUCCGCUGCGAGCGAGGCGUCCUCCUACACCCAACACCUGCUGCUGCUGCUGCGCAUCCACGUGCGGGCGGAGCACUGCAAGAAGUCCCGGUGCAACGAGGCGUUCCUCCAGCGCGUCAAGGUGAACGACCAGAAGAAGCGGGACGCCAAGAUGUUGGGCAAGAGCCUCAAGCUGAAAAGGGAGCCAGAGGGCCCCAAGGAGAUGAAGAUCGUGAAGGCCAAGCCCGAGGACGUCGUGGUGCUCGCACCGGUGCCCUUCGUGGAGAACUACUUCUGA